AUGAUGGCUUCGGAUCCAAAACUGAAGGCUGAGAUCGGACCCGAUGGUCUUGCAAGAGAAGCUCCAGUUAUUGCUUACACAGAGAAGAUAAUCGAGGAAGAGCAACUUCAGUUGAGGAAAUACAUUGAGGAGAACUAUUCAAAAAUUAGGGAUGUCGAAAGGGAAUUUGGAAACCUCACUAUGGAAAUGAAACUCACCGCUGGACCUAAGAAAGCAGCACUUGAACACUUACGAAAGAAAAUUGAAGCCUGUACUGAAAAGAUCCAUGCUGCAAAGCUGAGAGAAGAUGAAGUGCGAAAGGCAUUUGAAGCAGCAUCAAAAGUUGUGAUGGAGGAAGAAGCAAUAAAGCAGAGGCUUUGCGAAGAUUUAAACAGUCUGGUACAAGAAAGCAGCAAUACGCAGUACGCCAGACUUGAGGAAUUGAAAAGAAGACUAGAAGCGCUUAAUCCAAAUAGAUCAUCUACUUCUAUUCAGCAAGUCCAUGAACCGGAGACUAAAUCUGUAGUAGGCAGCUCACCAGCACUGAAUGGUAAUCAGACCCAUCCGGAAAAUAACCACGGGAAGGAGGAGGGAGGUAAAGAACAUGGACAGAGGCCAGGAACAGCUGAAGGAGAAUCAAAAGCGAAAAAGAAACUGCAGAAUCAAGGAAGGGGAAGAGGAAUUGGAACCAUAAUCAAAGGCAGAGGAGGUUGGACUGGUGCUGGAUUCGAUGUGGAUGGUAGAACUUGA